CGGGCGGUGUGUAUACCGGUUUUAUAUGUACGCGCGAACGCGGGACUGAAUCGUGUCCCGGGAGCGAACCGGCUGUCUCGUCAGCGGAUUCCCGCCGGAGGCGGUGAGGCGCAUCAGGUCGGGGCCCCCAGGGCGUUCGCUCCCGUCCAUUUUUCAGUCCUCUUCACGUCAGGAUCGAUCACAGACGAUCAUGCUCGCCCUACGCAGCCUCCUCGUUAUCGCGGCCUGUCUCUUCACCGCCACGACGAUGCCUCCCGCGCUGGCCAAGGCGGUCUACGAUCAGCGACAGACCGGCGAUGUGAAUGUGCAGAUCGACCUAAACGACCUGCAGGUGAUUGCGCUGGUUAACUCCGAGCUCCUGGACGAUUAUACGGAUUAUGAUUACAUGUAUGAUUACGCCGACUUUACGAUCAAGCCGAGCAACAAGCCUACCACGAGUUCCACAACAGGGACCACGGAAAAAAACGAUAUCACGCAAGUUUCCGAGCCGCUGCUGCCACAAAAUUCAACCGAUUUGGCGUCUGCCAAUAAUACAAGCGCGAUCGCAAGCAAUACAACGCUAUCCAACGGUGAAGGAGUCCCGAAUGUUACUCUGUCGAAUGGUAUCGAGAGCAAUAAUAAGACACUGUCCAAAGACGAAGAGAUCCCGAACACUGAUCCGUCGAUUGGUACUGCGAGUUCAACGCCGAAUACAGAUAACGACGACGAUAAGAGUCAGCCGGGCGAAGAAGAGGAUGGAGUUGGAAUAACUCCUUCGACCACGGUUAAACCUGCUCACGCCGUGCGGUCGCAAAAGCGCUGCAAAUCUGGAUACGUUCCAAACGGCGACGGUCGCUGUCGACGAGCAAGUCGACCGUGGCUGAGUCGCUUGUUGCCGUGAGUACAACCGUACGAGUACGACCGGAUGCCCCACUCUGAUUGGAUUGGUCCUCCUUCGACCGGAUUCAAACGGCAAAAGCUAGAAGAGUAAAUUUGGAAACGAAUAUCUUUUGAAGGUGUGCCAUAUAUAUAUGCAUCAAAUUUACACCAUGUUUGCCUUCACGAUCUUCACGUAGUGAAACAAA